AGGUCUUAGAGAGAGAGAGAGAGAGAGAGAGAGAGAGAGAGAGAUUGUUGUUGCAACAAGCUAAAAAAGAUUGGAUUUUGAUGGGAAUUAGAGGUGUUUGAAAGUGGAUGUUUGGGUUUGGUUGAUUUUCUCAGCUACCCAUUUGGCUCUUUCAGAAGAUUUGAAGCAAUGGGGUUUGAGUUGAGUCAUGGAAGUAGAAUGCAGGCUGUGAAGUUGCAAGAUCCUUCUUUGAAGCUAUUGAGUUCUAAGGAAGUUUGUGCAAGGCACAAGCGUUCUCUGAGUUGCCCUGAUAAGAGAAUCAAGGAAGACGAUUUGGGCGUUUCCCCUCAAGCUCUUCAUUGUCUUAAGUCGGAUAUGGGAGAGGUGAAGGAAUGUAUUGAUGUCAAGAAGAAACAAUCCCCUACCACGAAGCUCCAAAGUUCUUUGAAGGAAGAGAUUCUACAGCUUGAAAGACGCCUACAGGAUCAGUUUGCAGUACGCCGCGCUCUAGAAAAAGCAUUGGGAUAUAGCUCUGUUUCCCACGAUACCUCAAAUGAUAAUUCAAUGCCCAAGCCUACCAAGGAACUGAUUAAGGAGAUUGCCGUCUUAGAGUUGGAAGUUAUGUAUUUGGAACAACAUCUUCUAUCACUGUAUCGGAAAGCAUUUGACCAACAGAUUUCUUCUUUAUCUCCGUCUGCCAUCGAUGAAAGAUUGAGAUCCCCUUCAAUACCCAAGUCGGGACCAUUCCUACAGGUCGCUGGACUUGAUGUUAUAUCAAAGAGGGAAAAUUCAGGAGUUCAAUCCGGUCGGAUGCGGUUGCCCCAAAAUCCCGUUAUCAGCUCAACCAAGGAAUUGAAGGCUAUUGGGGCCAUUGAGAAGCUAAAAGAUCCUGGUGUACAACGCAGCCUUUCCGAACUAUCACAACGUACUCUUUGUUCAACAAGGCCCUUUCCUCCAAUGGAUAGUCUUUCUAAAGCUUUGCGAUCAUGUCAUUCACAGCCUUUGUCUUUCUUUGAGGCACAGAAUGCUUCUUCAAACUUGGUCAGCUUGGCAGAGCAUCUAGGUACACGCAUUUCAGAUCACGUUCCGGAGACACCCAAUAGACUUUCUGAAGAUGUGAUCAGAUGCAUGGGAGCUAUAUACUGCAAACUUGUGGACCCUCCUCUUGCACAUCAUGUCCUUUCAUCUCCCCCUUCGUCCUUGUCAUCCACGAGCGCGUUCUCUCCCCAGGAUCAGUGUGAUACAUGGAGCCCACGAUGCAGAAAUGGUUCUUCAUUUGACAUGCAGUUAGAAGGGUCAAAAGAGUUUAGUGGGCCUUACACCACGAUGGUGGAAGUGCCAUGGAUUUGUAGAGAUAGUCAGAGGCUGGGAGAUGUUGAACCCAUGCUAAAGAAAUUUAGGUCGCUUGUUCAUCGAUUGGAAAAGGUCAAUCCAAGAAGGAUGAAGAACGAUGAGAAGCUUGCCUUUUGGAUUAACAUACACAAUGCAUUGGUGAUGCAUGCAUAUUUAGCCUAUGGGAUCCCACAAAGCAGCCUAAAAAGAGCAUCAUUACUCGUCAAGGCUGCUUACAACGUGGGAGGCCAAACAAUAAGUGCAGAUACAAUCCAGAGUUCUAUUUUGGGAUGCCGAACACAGCGUCCUGGACAGUGGCUUCGAACGUUCUUCUCCCCAAGGAUGAAGUUCAAAGCUGGAGAUGAUCAGCAAUCAUAUGCUAUUGAGCAACCUGAACCUCUUUUACACUUUGCCCUUUGUGCAGGAAGCUAUUCCGAUCCUGCGGUUCGUGUGUUCACUGCUAAGAGAGUGUUCCAAGAGCUGGAUGCUGCAAAAGAAGAAUACAUUCAGGCGACUAUUGGUAUACGCAAGGAACAAAAGAUUGUCCUCCCUAAAAUUAUAGAGUCUUAUGCGAAGGAUUCGAGUUUAAGCUCAUUGGAACUAGUGGACAUAGUCCAAUACUAUCUACCCGAGAGCCAAAGGAAGGCCAUGCAACAAUGUCAACAAGGGAAGUCACGGAAAAACAUCGAAUGGGUACCCCAUAAUUUCACUUUUCGAUACUUGCUGUCAAAAGAAAUGAUAAAAUGAUAGGCCCCACAUUGAAAAACAGCAGUGUUUGCAUGAAAAAUGAUGUGAGGGUUGGUUUUGAGAUGGGCGAGCCUCGGUUCCUUUUUCAAUUUUUUGGUAUUUCUUGUGUAUAAAUGAGUGGGUAUAGUAGGAGCUGUCAGGAUAGAAGGCUGCCUACAAAUUGUAUUAUGUAAUCUUUCAUCCAAUGUAUUAUGUAAUAUAAAAUAUCUUAGUUUUCUCUGUUCA